AUGAUGGACCCCUUGCGCUUGGGACUACUCGGCCUAGCCGUCGAGCUCAUUAUUCACAUACUCAAAGAGCUUGAUUUCAAAGAUAUAGUCUCAUUACGAAGGGUAUGCAACGAUCUCAAGUGUACGGUCGACGAGUCAAUUGCCCUGCAAUACGAAAUCGAACUGGCAGUGGCAGGCAUGGAGGACAAUCCUGGUUCCCGCCUGAACACCGCAGAACGCCUUUCUCGUCUCCGUAGAUAUACUCUCUCAUGGCAGGACAUGAAUUUCAAGACCACGGAGACACUACCUGCAAUGUCUUGGACCUUGAGCGUGCUUAGGGGUGGCAUACUUGGUCGCGUCGUCGAUGACUCGCAGCUGGUAUUCAACAGGCUGCCUGCCCAUGCUCGUGGCAUCGAUGCUCGCGAGUGGCGCCUUCCGAAUGCAGGCUUCGAUGUCAAAGCAAUGGCAGAUCCGUUGAGCCCAUGGCUCAGCCCCACUUGUGUGGUCCACGUUCGCACGCUUGCAACUGGAGAUCCGCAUCCUCUGGCUACGAAGUCUACAGUAUCUUUGCCUGACGUGGACUACUAUAACAUGCGGAGAGAGGCGCUUGUAGACAUUGAAGGACCACAGAUCCAUUUUGGCGUCCAGUUCUGGCAAGAGUUGCGUGAUCUCGGCGAAUUUAUUGUGCUCAAUUGGAAGACCUGUGUUACCUUGCUGAAUACGUGUUCCUCUCGGAGCGAUACGUCGCGAUGGCCGUCAUGCAUGGUCCUCGCGGGCACCUGGAAGUGUACGAUCUCUGGCAAACGCAAAGUGGCGCCGUCUUUUUGGAACGAGGAGAACUACCACUGCGCGUUUGCGUACAGUUUCGGAGAUCGGGACCCGGAAUGGAACGACACGUGUCUGGAAACAUAUCUGUGUCGUCCCUGGCGUGGUCAGGAUGGGCAUGACUCCGACGUCCCCUUCUACUCUGCGCCCCACAGUCAGGUCUUAGCUCUCUACGUCAAGGAUCACAGGUGGCCCAGGUGGCCUAUGUGCGCUGGGCCGUUGCUACACCUGGUACCAGUCUCUAGCUUGUUAUCACUGAUACCGCAGGCUCGGGGUGCGGUCGGUACCACUUGGCUCUGGGACCACUGGGGAGGGAGUUCUCUAUUGAUCGAAGGAGUACCUGCCAUUGACACUCUGCGGUCCACCUAUGGAAAUAAGUUGGUAUACAAUCUCGACCAGGAAGAGGACGGGGAGGGCACCGAAGGACCGCGGACGGUCGCAGUAAUAGAAUUUAAUCCUCCGUCAGCUCGGCGGGCUCUCGGGGACGUGACGGAUACUAGCUCAGGCCCGAGGAUGCACCGACAAUAUGUAGGACGUUUCCCGAACCUACCACCCCCAAGCUCUUUCUACGACAGGGUUGUCAUGAUAUACGAAGACGGCCUUGUUUUCCAGGACGUGCGUAUUCUCUUCGCUGGUUUCUGGUUUUUCAUUAUCGCGAUUAUCUCUCUGUACAUGUCACGGACGGCAGGUUACGUUCCCUUGGGCUUGAUAGUUAGGCUGAACGUUCUCGACGGCAAGGCGAUCCUGGCUGCAACGCGCGACGGGACUCCGGGUCGAUCUACGGGGGGGCAACGUCGUAUAGCCCACUGCCGGCCUCUGCUCGCACACCUCCUGGGAGAUGGGCGAGCAGCAGGUCUUGGUAUCACCAUUAUAUUUUGGAUCCAUACGCGCCUCUAG